UGGGAGGACAGGAAGAUGGAGGCCUGAAGCUCCGGGGCUCUGGGAGCGGACCAGGAACGUGUACAUGUCUCACGAACGUCGAGGAUAGCGGACGCCACCCGGUUUGCCGGCACACGUUCCGUGUAUGGGCGAGGGGUAUAAAUGAUGCUCAAAGUGACGACAACACCUAACACUCUCAUUUACACUCACUCAUCAUGCCUGGAACGCCGCAGAACUGCACCUCGCCUGUCCCAUUCGUCGCUGUGACUUGCUGCGCUGUCGUUGGUGGGCAGUGGACCGAUCCUCUGUGCGAGACGCGCGACCGGCGCAUGUUCAUCGCGUGCUCGGACGGGAUGGCCGCCGCGAACAGAACCCUCGUCAACGCCCAUGGUGGAUGUACCGGCGGUAGUGGGGCUGGGAAGAAGAGCGGGGCGGCCCGCGCUCGAGUCGGUGUGCUUGCUCUCGUCUGGUGUGCUGCUGCCGCCGUGUGCACUAUGUGACUACUCUCACGGCUCAAACGUCGGCAUGCGCACAACUCGGUCUGGCCCUCCCUGCGGCGACGCCAGCUUGUCUCAAGCAAUCGAUACAGCUUGUUGUACAUUAGUAGAUGCAGGUCCCUAAUAC